AUGGGGUUUUCUAUCGAGAAAGCUUCUGUCUUCUUGACAGCCAUGCUCGCCGCCGUUGCCCAGGGCCAUAUGAUCAUGAGAACCCCGGUUCCUUACGGCAAGAGUAGUCUCAACAAUUCGCCUCUCGACGCCUCCGGUUCCGACUUUCCAUGCAAGCUUCGAUCUGGUGCUUUUGACAAAGAAGGCGCCAGCAACGUCAUGGCGAUCGGCUCCCCUCAGACCUUGAGCUUCACUGGUAGCGCAGUCCACGGCGGCGGAUCCUGCCAGAUUGCUUUGACGACCGAUCUUGCACCUACCAAGGACUCCAAGUGGAUGGUCAUCAAGUCGAUCAUCGGUGGCUGCCCUGCUAAUGUGCCCGGGAAUCUUCCAGCGGAUCCCGCGGGAACUGGUGCUUCCACCUUCCAGUACACCAUCCCUGAAGGGAUCGCUCCCGGAGAGUACUCGCUCUCAUGGUCCUGGUUCAAUCGAGUGGGUAACCGCGAGAUGUAUCAAAACUGCGCACCAGUCACUGUCACCGGUGGUACAAGCAAGCGCGACACCCAGGAUAGGCGCCGAUUCGAGGCGGUCGAGGCUGCUAAGCUUCGCGCACGUCAACAGCAGUCAGCCAGCUUCCCGGAUCUGUUCGUCUGCAAUCUCGCUGGGAUCAACAGUUGCACCACGCAAGAGAACUUCGAGUACGAAUUCCCCAACCCUGGACCGGAGGUGCAGACCGCAGGCAACGGGCCGUUCACCAUGCUGAGUGGAGGCGGUGGUGCGGGCGGGCCUGCCCAGCAGCCCACCGGUGCUGGUUCUCAACCCACUGGCAGCCCACAGCCAUCCUACGAGGCCCCCAAUCCUGCAUCUGGUCCUGCUACUGUCACACAACCAGCGGGCUCUCAAGAUCAGCCAACGGGCGCCCCCACCGGCAAUCCUCAAGGCUACCCGCAAGGCAAUCCUCACGGAAACGGACCUCCCGCAGGCGCAACUGGCUCAGCCGGCAACUUUGCGGAUGGAGCAUCGUCGUCCUCGUCUCCAGCUGCAACCAGCAACGUGGUGAAUCCAGUGAACACCGACGUCACGCCGAUCCAAACCCCCGCUCCUGACUCACGGUCAGGCGACACGACCGGCAGCAACAGCAGCAAUACUGGAGAUUCCGGUACCGCUGCUGGUACUCAAUCUGGGCCCUGCACGUCCGAGGGGGAGUAUAACUGCCUGACCUCUUCCUUCCAGCGCUGUGCAAGCGGGCAGUGGAGCCCCGUGAUGCCUCUCGCCGCGGGAAUGCAGUGCAGCACGCCGGGGUUGUCUGCAAACUUCGCUAUGAAUGCAGGCAAAGUCAAGCGCCACUCCCACGGAGCCCAUUUCCGGAUCUUCGACAGCGUACAUUAG